CGCUAGCUACAAAAAUUUCUAUAAAAUUCGUUGAAUAAAAGAAUUUCUUGAAAAAUAUACAAUUUAGUUGAGUUGCUUCAGUGAGUGCAGUGCUUGUUUAUUAUACACACACACAUACCUACACACAAGAAACACAAAACACACGUAUAGCGCGCUCGGAUAGCAGUUAUCUCUGCCCCUCCCCCCAAAUGCCUGUAAAAAAUGGCGAAUCCGAUGCGGAGGGCGACGUCUCUGGCGCAGAGUCGGAGCGCUCGAACUCCAGCCAGGCGCACGACACCUCCGACGAGGAGGAGGAGGAGGCCAAUGAGUGCGAUUCCGAUGAUUCCUCCGAAAUGGAUGCCACCGAAAUCGAACUGCGACGCGCAGAACACAUCGAAGAUUUGGCCAGCUUAGACCGACAGUUUAGUCAGCUGCGCGAACAGUAUUACUGCGAACGCAUCAAUCACAUCGAGCGGCAGCUGGCGGAUGUGCGCUCCGGUCGAUCCGAGGAAUUUGUCCAGCCCCAGAAGGAACUGGACAAAGUCUAUCAAACACGCAUCGAAGUGGCCGACGUGCUGCGCAAGUUUCGCCUGCAGAAUAUCGAACACAAAUAUCUGUCCGAGGAGCAGGCAGCCACCCAACACUACGAGAGCGAGAAACAAAUGGCCAUAGAUAGUCUGCGCGAGGAUCUAAUGGAGCGCAUACGCCGCCUCGAAGAGGAUCGCCACAAUGUGGACAUCUCCUGGGACGAUUGGGGCAACGAUAAGCGCCAGAGCAAGGUGCGCGGACCUGGACGCAAGAAGGCCGUCACGGUCACCGGACCGUAUGUGGUCUACAUGCUGCGCGAGGAGGACAUUAUGGAGGACUGGACGAUAAUACGUAAAGCACUGAAGCGCUCAUCCACAGCCGCUGGCAAUGUGACGGCGGCGUCGACGCCCAAUCUGGUCGGCAUGCCGCUGACGCCGACGGCGAUGGCCGGUGCGAAUGGAUAACGGUGGCGUUCGGCUGCCUACGGCCAGGCGCGCAGCAAGAAGCUCACCUGACGGCAGCGAAAGGUAGCAUCGGCUACUAACCGGAAUGUCCACUAGUUACAUCUGUUACACGAUGGUUAUGUUUGU